AUGGAAGGAGCUAAGGUUGUUCUGGACGAUACCAGCGCCUUUCCACCUAUGGCCCGUGCAGCUGUUGACAGUGCCGUUAUCACAUACCUGCCCCCCGAUGAUAUUCAGAUUAACAUCACUCAACCAGUUAAAUUCUCUGUCACACUACAUCGUGCUUCACCCCAAAGGCUUAUCCUGAAUAUCUGA